ACUGAUCAAAACUAAACUUAAAGUGUGAAGUCCCUGAAAUAUUGUAUUUCUUAAUUCUUUAUUUUUAUUUUGAAGUCAUCUUGAUCUAAAGUUAUUCAGGCCUCUUCAGUUGUUCUGUUUGUUUGGCUACUUUUAGAAUUAAUUUUUGUUGUUCUGUCUGACCAUGACAUCAAACUGUGUAGUUCAAACACAUAAAGGAAACUAAAAGAAUGAAAAACAGUAUCCCAAUGUUGGCUGCUGGAAAAAUCUUGGUAGACUGUAAUAGCUUUGUGAUAUACUUACAGACUGAACGAAAGAAAUGGGAACAAAUAAAGAAACAGACAAAAGUCAAAGUUAAGUGUUAAAACAUUCAGAAAGUAUGAAGGAAAUAUGCUGUUUUUUAUCGUAAUAAACCAUUGCUUAAUCAGAAAAAAGCUCCCUAUUAAAAUAUUUUUUCAAUGCCAUUCCUUAAAAUAAAAAAUAAACUAAUCAAGGUUUACUCAAUAAAUAGUUUUACGAAGGUUGAACUAUUUAGUUCCACAUGCUAGCUAGUUACAGUUAACUACUAGGGAUUUGAACUUUGCCUUCCUUUUUGUACUCGGCUAUCAAAUGAUUGACUGUGAUUGGCUGCAAUACAGCUGAAGACGCCGUUGCCUAACAAUGUACCAGCCAAUCAAAUCGUCAGCAUUCAUUCCAGUCUGAUUUACGUGAUAGUCUGGCGCCCCUUCGUGGCCACCACUGCAAACUGUACUUAGUUUACGGUUACCUUGACAACUACCCGUAUCUCUUUCACAGUUGCUGGUCACUUUCAAAGAAAUUUACUGAAGUAACUGCAAAGGUUAUAUGUUUACCGACAUUUUGCGGGAUAAUCAAGACUAUUAAAAUGGAUACAUCGGUAGUGCUGCCGGUUGAAGCUGAAGGGUUUAUUCAAAGUCUGGAAACCUUUUCCCUCAAAGAAGUGGGCUCUGUGAGGUGGUUCAGACAGCACGAGUUUAUUGAAAAGCUAAACAUGCAGGCCAUUCUGAGUGCUUCGGCCAUGCAUGAUGAGUUUGUCAAGGAGCUCCUGGUGUCCUUUGGAAAGAUACCAGUUCUGGUCCAUGAGAUGAUCCUUGUGGAGGUGUGGAAGCAGAAAGUGUUUCCCAUCUUAUGCCAGCUGCAGGACUUCAACCCUAAGAGCACGUUUCAUCUUUACAUGCUGAUCCGCCAUGAAGCUACAAUUAUUAACCUGCUUGAGACAAUAUUGUUUCAUAAGGACUCCUGUGAGGCAGCUGAUGAUUCUCUUCUUGACUUGGUGGAUUACUGCCAUCGUAAACUGACCCUGCUGGCCAGUGAAGCAACCAAGUCCCAUGUUGCUGCUGCUCAUGACUAUCAGAACCAGAUAUCCUCUCUAGAGGAGCUGCAGAUGCAGAGUGCUGCACUGGAGUUUGAAAUCUCCCUGAAAGCGAUAUCCGUGCUGAGCUACAUCGCAGAUCAUACCGAGAGCAUCAGCGUCAUCAAUCGCAUGCUUUGCACGCACAACAUGCCCUGUGUCCUGGUCCGGCUGGUCGAGUCCUGCCCCUGGAGUCGGAGCAGCAAAGGCCAAGUAGAAAAGUACAUCAACAGCAAAUGGCAGAGGAUUUCUGCAGAGGACCAUGUGAAGAUGACCAAACUUGACGGCCAGGUCUGGAUGGCUCUUUACAGUUUGAUCCUGAAGGAGGAGUGCCAAAGAAAAUACGACUUCAACAAUUUUAACAAGAACCAACUUCUAAAGCUCAGGGGUUUCUUGACAGACGUGCUGAUCGAUCAGUUACCGAACUUGGUUGAGCUCCAGCGCUUUCUGGCCCAUUUGGCUGUUACAGACCCAGCCCCACCAAAGAAAGAUCUGGUUCUGGAGCAGAUCCCAGAAAUGCGGAACCAGAUUAUCAGAGAAAAUUCUGGGAAGUGGAAAGGAAUAGCUAAAUAUCAGGUUAAGGAAACAUUCAGCCCAUCUGACAGCGACUUGCAGCAACAGGCCCAGAGGUUGGCGCAGACUUACAGCCUGGAUGUGAUGGAGCGUUUGCUCCCGGAGAAACCAAAGUGUGGAUGCUGCGGGAAAGAGGCUCCAAAGAGAUGCUCUGGAUGCCAGGGAGAGUGGUACUGCAGCAGACAGUGUCAGGUGAAGCACUGGCCUAAACACAAGCAGGCCUGUCAGCUCAUGACUGAGACCAUGCAGAAGAUCCAGGAAGACAAAAAGCUGAGAUAAUUUUACUGACUAAACAAGCAAACAUUUAAAGCUAGGAAAAACAAACCCGCUUUUUUUUGUAUGACACUGAAUCACAACAUUGUAUGUAAAUUCAGAUUUUUCUAACAGGAAUCCCUCACAUAUCUUUAGAGAUUAUUAUAGAAUUUAGUAUUUUUGGUUUUAAACGUGAUGCAAUAAAGUUUCAACUUGUUCCGUU